AUGGCGACAAACAGCAUAAAGCUGCUUACCGGCAACAGCUAUCCUCAGCUAGCCCAGCUGGUUGCUGACAGGCUCGGUAUCGAGCUCACCAAAAUCUUGGUCCUUCAGUACUCAAAUCAGGAAACUUCCGUUACAAUCGGUGAAUCCGUCAGAGAUGAGGAUGUGUUCAUCCUGCAAUCUACCCCACCAGGCGACAUCAACGAUGCUCUCAUGGAGCUUUUGAUCAUGAUCAACGCUUGCAAGACUGCGUCGGCACGCCGUAUCACUGCCGUUCUGCCGAACUUUCCAUACGCUCGCCAGGACAAGAAGGACAAGUCCCGUGCACCCAUCACCGCCAAGUUGAUGGCCAACAUGCUCCAGACUGCUGGAUGCAACCACGUGAUUACUAUGGACCUCCACGCCAGUCAAAUCCAAGGUUUCUUCAACGUGCCCGUGGACAAUCUUUACGCAGAGCCCAGCACGCUGAGAUGGAUCCGCGAGAACCUAGACGUAAAGAAUUGUGUUAUUGUCAGUCCUGAUGCCGGAGGGGCAAAGAGAGCGACUUCUAUCGCUGACGGUCUCAACUUGCCCUUUGCGCUAAUCCACAAAGAGCGCACACGUCCGAAUGAGGUCUCUAGAAUGACUCUUGUCGGAGAGGUCGCUGGCAAGACUGCUAUCCUAGUGGAUGACAUGGCGGACACCUGCGGAACUCUCGUCAAGGCCGCCAGUGUCUUGAUCGACCAAGGUGGAGCCAAGGACGCUAUUGCCAUUGUCACCCACGGCAUUCUGAGUGGAAACGCCAUCGAGUCUCUGAACGGCAGCCGACUCAAGAAGAUUGUUGUGACCAACACUGUUCCUCACGAAGAGAAGAAGGAGCUCUGCGACCGCAUAGAGACGAUCGACAUUAGUCCCACUCUUGCCGAGGCGUGUCGACGUACCCACAACGGCGAGAGUGUGUCUUUCCUCUUCAAGCAUGCGCCCGUUGACUAA